CUGGGGUUGAAUUAUUGGAAUUGGGCAGGCUUGGCCGGUUGAUGAGGCUGAGGUGGAACACAAGCGAUCCCCUGUUAUCUUCAAUCUAUCUCAACUCAACACAAUUUCACCAUUCCGAUUCUUUUCUGCAACAUUUUUGCUUGGGUUUCAUCAUUCAUGGCUGCCCAAACCCACGUUUUUCCCGGAUUAGCUUUGGCUUCAACUCCUUCUUCUUCAUCCAAGCCUUCCACCCUCUGUGUUGCCGCGAAGCCCUUGAGGACGCCCUUCCUUAAUGGCGGAGGGCACACCUUACAAAUUACAUGGAUGAAGCCUUUACAUUUUAAUCGAUCCCAUGGUGGCAGACGUGGAGGUGCUCUUGGUGCUCAUAUGAACCUUUUUGAUCGUUUUGCUAGGGUUGUAAAGUCAUAUGCUAAUGCACUUAUAAGUUCGUUUGAGGAUCCGGAGAAAAUUCUGGAGCAGACAGUGCUUGAAAUGAAUGAUGACUUGACAAAGAUGCGUCAAGCCACUGCACAGGUACUAGCUUCUCAAAAGCGCUUGGAAAACAAGUAUAAAUCUUCACAGCAAGCUGCUGAUGAUUGGUAUCGAAAGGCGCAAUUUGCUCUUCAAAAGGGAGACGAUGAUCUUGCUCGGGAAGCUUUAAAGAGGCGCAAAUCAUAUGCUGAUAACGCAAAUGCUUUGAAAGCUCAACUUGAUCAGCAGAAGAAUGUUGUGGAAAAUCUUGUUUCUAAUACUCGGCUUUUAGAGAGCAAGAUACAAGAGGCAAGGUCAAAGAAAGACACGCUGAAAGCGCGUGCUCAGUCUGCGAAGACUGCAACCAAAGUAAGUGAAAUGUUGGGGAAUGUUAACACAAGCAGUGCUCUUUCUGCUUUUGAGAAGAUGGAGGAGAAAGUUUUGGCAAUGGAGUCUCAAGCCGAAGCUCUUGGACAGUUAACUGCUGAUGAUCUUGAAGGAAAGUUUGCUCUGCUGGAGGGCUCAUCAGUUGACGACGAGCUUGCGGACUUGAAGAGAGAGCUAUCUGGAAGCUCAAAGAAAGGAGAACUUCCACCAGGAAGAACUGUUUCUGGCAGCGCAUUGCCAGUUCGUGAUGCCGAGAUCGAGUCGGAACUCAAUCUACUGAGGCAAAAGGCAAGAGAAUUGUAGAGAUGCCAAAUCAGUAUAACUCUAAAUGUCCAAAUUUUCAUGCUAGUAACUGGCAUCAUUUCACAUUAGAAAUACAGUGUACAGGAAGAAAAGGUUCCAAACAGAUCAACUUUGUAUAGCAAAACGCCUACAUGGGAGAGUACUUUUUGGAUUGAGGUGCAAUGGGUUAUAUAUUGAUGAAUCUGUGGGGAUCAAAUGUUGUUUGUAAGUUAAAUUGCACACAACUUUCUGAACAUUGAUCAAGUAACUUUUAUUUGUAUUUUUGGUGACAA